GUUCGUCGUUCGUGUCGGGCGUGUUGUGUUGUGGUUGGACUGGCUUAUAUUGUAACAAAAGAUUUUUUUGUUAAAUAUGUAAAUCUUAACAUAAAACGUGCGUAGAAUAAGAUAAAGACUUUUUCUAUUUAAGUGCCUGUUUUGUCUUUGUUAUAUUUGGAACGUUUCUCUUACGAGUUCUUAUCGACCCGAAUCUGUGUUUAUUUAUAUUUAUAGUGCGGGUAUAUUUGUGUGUUUGUUUUGCAAACAAAUAGUUUAUCUCGUGCAAGAAUCUCUAAGCUGCAUUACUGAUUUUUUAUGAUGGAUAUUUGAUAGAAAUAGAAGAGUGGGUGCGCCGGCAAAAUGUGGUGUGCUGUUUUGUUUUGUGCAUUGGUUGGAAGCGCUGCGGGCCAGUCGUGGUUAACAAAUAUCACUGAUAAUCUACGAGAUGGGCUGUCCAGGGUGCUGGAGACGUCUGUUGUUAAUUACUCGACGCCCGUGAUCAACGCUACUUAUGUGGCGAGAGUGGAAUUUGACAUGCGCGCUAUGGGACACCUUUAUAACUCGAGUCAUAUUAUUCUUGAUAUAAUAGCUCGGAAGCAGGCAUACCCAGAAGGCAUUGUCUCCGUCACCGAUGGCCACAUCAACAUCGCAAGAAUCCAGGAUAAGUGGAAGCCGCUGUUGGCGCACUACGCAGGACCAGUCUCCGUUAUUGUUGUAGUGGUUCUGUUGAUUGGGAUUCUACCACUAACUGGAUUGUUUUGGUGCUGCUGUCAAUGGUGCAAGUCCGGUCACCGAAGGAGGCCGUUCGAUAGAAAAUACGAUGCGUGUCUCAAAGGAAUAUUGGCUAUCGUGCUCAUUGCAUUCCUUACGCUGUUCCUAUUCGGAGUGGUAGGCGCGUUCGCAACGGACUCGCAGAUGGACACCGGCGGCUCGAACGUAGUGGACACGGUGCAGGCGAGCGUGCGCGACGCUCAGGAGUUCCUGAACGCGACACAGGCGCACACGCGGCACUUGCUCGUCACCAACUAUCAGGAGCUGGAGAUAGAACUGAACGAGAUGUUGACGAGUAGUGGUCAAACAGUAUUGCGUGUACUGGAUGACUUCACGAGCGCCACAUCGGUGCAGAAGUUGAACGGAAUGGUGCAGCAGUUGGACAGAGUGCCGGAUGACUUGCGAGCGGUGCAGAAAUCCACGGCUGCGCUGAGGAGUAAGGCGGAAGACUUGGAUUCUGGAUUGCGUCAGGUUAAAGCCUUCUUGUACAAAACCCUGUCGGAUUGUCACGAGAAGGAGUGUGUAAAGUUGCAAGAGAAGCACAAGAUUGGACAGUUGGGGACAGAAAUACAAUACAAUUUGAUGCUUGACAAAUAUUUUCCUACGAUUCCGGAUGUGUCUGAGCUUCUAUCCAACGUAACGCAACUACUUGAGAGCAAUAUAAAAGAUGACGUCGCCGCCGGCCUCGAGGUGUUCAACGGCAUCAAGAAGACGGUGGACCAGCACAUACCGCGCGUGCAGGACGCUAUCACUGAGACCGGCCGCCGCCUCGCAUCAGUGGCGGACGACAUAACGUACAAGGCGGGCAACCUCAGCGAGCAGCUGGGCCGCUCGCGCGCGCACACCGAGCGGCUGCGGCGCGGCUACGAGCGCGUCGGCCCCUACCGCCGCUACGCCAGCAUGGCGGCCGCCGCGCUGCUGCUGCUGAUAGUGCUAGUGAUGUCUUGGGGCCUACUUUGCGGCGUUUGCGGCAAGCGGCCCGACGUGUACGGCGCUAGUGAUUGCUGUAACAAGGGCACUGGAGCAUCCUGCUUGCUGUGCGGAAUCGCAUUAACUCUGUUCGUGGGAGGUGUUAUUGCAUUGAUGAUUCUAAUCUACUUCGUGGUGGGUGUGGCCGCGCAGAGAUUCGUCUGUGAUCCGCUCACUGAACCACGUGACAACCGAGCGUUCGAAGAUAUAGAGAAAUUCGUGGACCUCGAGUAUGUGAUGUUCAACGAGCGGCAAGAUCCUAGCUUCAACAUGACCUCCAUUUUAGUGGCCUGCCACCAGAAUAAGACUGUAUAUGAGGUAUUCCACCUCCACCGGAUCCACGAUCUAGAAGCGGUUAAGACCGAAGUGGAGGCUGAAUUGAGCCGCCGCGUGUCCUCGCUCCGAACCGACUACCCUCCGCGUGGCCGACCACUGCGCAUACUGAAACCUGCCGCUAGGGAGAAGUUGGAUAAGCUCGCUGAAACUGGCCUCUCGGACUUUAACUUCGAUAAGAUUCUGGAAGCGUUGGAGAUAAACAUGACAUCUCUGCCACUGGAGACGCUGUCAGCGCAACUGCAGAGCACAGCCCGGGCGCUGUCCAGCAGAGCUGGGUACGCUGAAGUGGCGCGGAACCUGCGUCUGGCUGCUGAGAAUCUGGACCGUCUGCAGAGGGAAAUCGUGGUGCCUAUGAUUGAACAUACGCAUCAGCUCAAUAAAACUGCGACGGAAUUGCGAGAUGUCUUACGCUUCAAUCAGUCGUCGUUGAAGGAGGCUAUCCAGUACCGCAUCAGGGACACCACGGAAGUCGAACUGUUCCUCAACACACAGGGACCUGAUCUCGUACAGAAUGUGAGUCAAUUUUCUGUUGAUUACUUGAAAAGGAAUGCCUCAUUUAAAGGAAGUGGAUUUGAAAAAGAAUUUCGCAUAGCGCGUGUCGACGCCCUGUCAGCCUUGUCUGUUUGUUGCAGCGAGUAUUUGUAUGACGCGUACGCGGACCGCGAUAACGUACCCCUUGCCAAAGGGUCGAAGCGUAGCACCCUGGACAUCGAGGGCAAGAUCGCAGAGUGGCGCGGGCGGAACCGCGCGGCGGGCGCCGAGCCGGCGGAGGAGGGCGACUCGCCGCAGUCGCGCACGCAGCUCGUGGUGGGCGGCCGCGGCGAGGUCGUGUGCGCGCUGCUGCCGCCGCCCGCCGCGCUCAUCGACGACCUCAAGACGCGCCUCGAUGCCAAGGACGAGGACAACGAGUCGGGCAUACACGAGUCCGAAUAGUUCUAGAACCUUCCGCCCUCUCUUCUUGUUUUCGUUGACGUUGCGCAUCGUGAAUUCGAUUCCCCGUAAAUUUUUGUAUGUUUGUUUGAUGUUUAUUGUUACGUGUAGGUUCGUAUUCAAUUGUACCUUAGAGGUAUGGAAUUGAAUGAGCUUCG